AUGGAUACAUUAUUAUGGAUACAACAUUACCAUAGUUUAUCUUGGAAUUCUUACGAUGAAUUUAUCGACUGGUUAAAUUCUGCGUGUUUACUUGAUUUUUCUUGUUUAACUCCACCAUUAUUUUGUUCAUGUAAAUAUGGCCUCAAAGAAUAUUCUUGCAUUCAUUCUUUGGGUUUAUUAAUGAUGUGGAGUCAUCGUAAAAUUCCACAACAACUUGGAAUAAGAAGGGGAAAAGGUCGUCCAAAGAAAGUUAAAUUAGCUUUAACAAAAGACUGA